CCCCUAGGCAUGCAGACUGCUUCUACAAACAUUUGUGAAAGAAUGGGUCGCUCUCAGGAGCUCAGUGAAUUCAAGUGUGGUCCCGUGAUAGGUUGCCACCUGGGCAAUAAGUCCAUCUGUGACAUUUCCUGGCUACUAAAUAUUCCACAGUCAUCUGUUAGUGGUGUUAUAACAAAGUGGAAGCAACUGGGAACAACAGCGACUCAGCCACCAAGUGGUAGGCCACGUAAAAUGACAGAGCAGGGUCAGCGCAUGCUGAAGCACACACUGUGCAGAAGUCACCAACUGUCUGCAGAGUCAAUAGCUAAAGACCCCCAAACUUCAUGUGGCCUUCAAAUUAGCACAACAACAGUGCAUACAGAGAGAGCUUCCUGGAAUGGGUUUCCAUGGCCGAGCAGCUGCAUCCAAGGCUUAUAUCACCAAGUGCAAUGCAAAGCGUUGGAUGCCGUGGUGUAAAGCACGCCGCCACUGGACUCUACAGCAGUGGAGUCGUGUUCUCUGGAGUGAUGAAUCACGCCUCUCUGUCUAGCAAUCCGAAAGACAUGUCUGGGUUUGGCGGUUGCCAGAACUGUACUUGCCUGACUGCAUUGUGCCGAGUGUAAAGUUUGGUGGAGGGGGAUUAUGGUGUGGUUCCUCAGGGGUUGGGCUUGGCCCCUUAGUUCCAGUGAAGGGAACUCUUAA